AUGGAGUCCCAUAAAGGCAUUUUAAAAAAUACGUGUCAGCCCAAAAAUGCGCACAGGUUAAAGUGGGACGAGAACAAACUCAAGGAGACUGAAAAACUAAAAGAGCAAGUGACAAUGAAAGUAGACGAGCCUAAUACGCCUUAUGUGCGUUACAAUAGUGAUCUAGAUGAGGUCACUAACUGGCAAGAUUUACCAGAGAAUAUAAGAGCAGCGCAUGAAGAGCCCGAGGAGUUUUGUUUAGAUGAUGAUGAUAUGGGUGGUCAAAGCGUCAAUAAGAUUUCGUUUGCUCGUAAGCGGCAUGAGGAAUUCGAACGAAAGCGUGCUCAACAUUAUGGACAUACAGCAGACAUUGUAUUUCACCCUAAAGAAUGAAAAAAGGGCUAAUAGUUUUAUUCACAGUAAUAAAAAAGGUUAAAGAAAAUAUACACAAAAAAAAGUUAGUUUUCGGAGGAAGAAUGGGUGUUUGAAUAGUAAAUGUCAGGUACGGAUAGUUCACAGUCGUCUCGUGUAGGCUGGUAGUGUUGAUCGGAUCUGGCGAAGGAUG